GCCAAUUGGAGGAGUCGGUGUUAGGAGGCCCAGGAGACCCGGUCCGGGAGGGAGGAAGGUGGCAAGAUGGUGUUGGAAAGCACUAUGGUUUGCCUCCCAGCACUGAGUUACAGGCGAGGGUACUCAGCCUCAGCAAUUUUGAAUGACUUACCCACAGUCACGCAGCCAACCUAGUGGUGCGGCCAGGAUUUAAAGCGUGGACAACAGCGAGUAUAUGCGGAAUGGGGACUUCUUACCUACCCGGCUGCAGGCCCAACAGGACGCUGUCAACAUAGUAUGUCACUCCAAGACCCGUAGCAACCCUGAGAACAACGUGGGCCUCAUCACACUGGCCAAUGACUGUGAAGUACUGACCACACUCACUCCUGACACCGGCCGCAUCCUGUCCAAGCUUCAUACUGUCCAGCCCAAGGGCAAGAUCACCUUCUGCACUGGCAUCCGAGUGGCCCACUUGGCUUUGAAGCACCGGCAGGGCAAGAAUCACAAGAUGCGCAUCAUUGCCUUUGUGGGGAGCCCCGUGGAGGACAACGAGAAGGAUCUGGUGAAACUGGCAAAACGCCUCAAGAAGGAGAAAGUAAAUGUUGACAUUAUCAAUUUUGGGGAAGAGGAAGUGAAUACGGAAAAGCUGACAGCCUUUGUGAACACGUUGAAUGGCAAAGAUGGAACUGGAUCUCAUCUGGUGACAGUGCCUCCUGGGCCCAGCCUCGCCGAUGCCCUCAUCAGUUCUCCGAUUCUGGCUGGUGAAGGCGGUGCCAUGCUGGGUCUUGGUGCCAGUGACUUUGAAUUUGGAGUGGAUCCCAGUGCUGAUCCUGAGCUGGCCCUGGCCCUUCGCGUUUCUAUGGAAGAGCAGCGGCAGCGGCAGGAGGAGGAGGCCCGUCGGGCAGCCGCAGCCUCCGCGGCUGAGGCAGGGAUUGCUCCGACUGGGACCGAAGGUGAAAGAGACUCAGACGACGCCCUGCUGAAAAUGACCAUCGGCCAGCAGGAGUUCAGCCGCACCGGGCUCCCUGACCUAAGCAGCAUGACUGAGGAAGAGCAGAUCGCUUAUGCCAUGCAGAUGUCCCUGCAGGGCGCAGAGUUUGGCCAGGCAGAAUCAUCUGAUAUUGAUGCCAGUUCAGCCAUGGACACCUCUGAGCCCACCAAGGAGGAGGAUGAUUACGACGUGAUGCAGGACCCCGAGUUCUUGCAGAGCGUCCUGGAGAACCUUCCAGGUGUGGACCCCAACAAUGAGGCCAUUCGAAACGCCAUGGGCUCCCUGGCCUCCCAGGCCACCAAGGAUGGCAAGAAGGAAGAGUGUGAGAGAGAGGAGGAUAUGGCAUGAAGGAGCGCGUUCCCUGUUGAGUUCUCAGUGUCUUCAAUGUGGGGUCUCUAAAUCCUGACUCACUCCCCUUCCCGUCUCCGUCCAUGACCGUCUCCUCACAUUUCUCCUGCCCUGGGACUGUUUUACUUGCAUUAAGAGAAGCUUUGCUGAGAGUCGCUGUGUUGGGCUCUAGGGCCACAGAGGUGAACAGAAAACAGUACUGGCCUCUGGGGACUCUGAGUCUAGGGCAGGGCUGGCGCAUAAAUGAGCGAUUCACACGUCUGCCAUGUCCCCAAAGCGGCGUGAGCAAGGCGCUCUGGAGUCAGCGAGGAGAAAGGGCCAAACUCUUGCAGCCUCUGAAGGCUCCUGGAGGUAACAUUUGAGGCCUCUAAUGGUGAAACGAUUUUCAUCCUCGAGGAGCAGAUGGGGAUGUUUCCAGUACGUGCUGGUGGGACGCAGGUGCUUCGGAGGACUUGAGCAGCUCAGGACUGCUUGGGUGAGUGGCUGCAGAGGUGGAGAAGUAGGCAGCAGUCAACACCAAAGGUCAGCGGUCCUCAGGCCUGACUUGCACAAAGGGGUCUGUGACGCCCUGGAGCACCAAAUGCAGAGGAAAGCGUUUUGUGUGGGAUGGAAUGCAGAAUUCACAUUGCCCACCCCCUUCAUUUUAUGAAAGAGGUAAAUAAUAUUUGACACAUGAAAUGCUUCCGUAUAAAGCAUGAAACAUAAAAACAAACAACAUAUCUGAAGCCACUCAAAUUUAAGAGCUAGAAUAUUUCCUUGUCACAUAUCUAGGCCUUUUUUUUUUUAAAUCCUUACCCCAGGAUAUGCUUAUUGAUUUUAGAGAGGGAAGGAAGA